AUGCCUUCCUCCAUGUGGUAUGAGCACUGGGAUAAGAUGAAGAGUGUACGCAGCAAGUUUGUGGAUGUUUUGCGGCUGCACGUGCGGGGUGGAGCGGGGGGCAUGGGUCUGCUGUGCCUCAGGGGAGUGGGUGGCACAGGGGGUGACGUGUAUGUGGAGGGGAAGGAAGGUGAGGCACGGAGACACUGUAUCACUUCUCAUUCUGCUCAUCCUCUCAUAGACCACUUCUCACCCUGCUUUCCCUCACAGACCACUUCUCACCCUGCUCUCCCUCUCACAGACCACUUCUCACCCUGCUCUCCCUCUCAUAGACCACUUCUCAUUCUGGUCACCCUCUCACAGACCACUUCUCACCCUGCUUUCCCUCACAGACCACUUCUCACCCUGCUCUCCCUCUCACAGACCACUUCUCACCCUGCUCUCCUUCUCACAGACCACAUCCCUCUUACCCUGCUCUCUCUGUCUGUCUCUUUCCCCCACAGGCCACAGUCUGCUGAAGCUGCGCAAGGCUCGGCCAGACCAGCGGCUGGCGCUGAGCUGACCAUUCCUGUCCCUACAGGCACCAUCGUCUGGCUCGAGCAGCACCAGAAAUUGCUGGGUGAGAUAAAAUGUGCAGGGGACAAGGUGUUGGUGGCUCGAGGUGGGCAGAGCAGCAACCCCAGCAACCAGUACAAUGGGCAGAAGGGACAGGGACACAUUGUGAAGCUGGAACUGAAGCUGUUGGCCGAUGUGGGUCUGGUGGGCUUCCCUAAUGCUGGCAAGUCCACACUGCUGUGGGCCAUCUCCAGGGCCAGACCCAAGGUGGCCAGCUACCCCUUCACGACGCUGCAGCCGACCCUGGGUGUGGUGGAGUACAGUGACAUGCGGCGGCUGACCAUCGCUGACCUGCCAGGACUCAUUGAGGGUGCCUGGGCCAACGUGGGGAUGGGGCACCGCUUCCUGCGCCACGUGGAGCGGACACACUUCCUCCUCUUUGUGGUGGACAUCAACGGCUUCCGGCUGUCACCCAAACAGCCAUACCGCUCACCCACCGAGAAUGUCAUGCUGGUCAACAGGGAGUUGGAGCUGUAUUCACCUGACCUGCUGAGUAAGCCAGCACUCCUUAUGGUGAAUAAGAUGGACUCUCCCAAUGCUGAGUCUCGCCUGCAGGAACUCCUUCACAACAUUAAGAGGAUGGAGGACUAUGUGUUGUGUUGCUCCUGUGGUGCCAAACUCACAGAGAACUCAUGGGAUAACUUUGUAAACAUCUCCAUUCCACUGUCUGAGGCAUCCCAGCUGGUGACCAUCCUGGGACACCCCCACCUCAUGGUCCAGACCCUCAGGAACCCUGCUGACCUUGCUUUUGACUUGGUGACUGUCAGGAGGUCAGGCUGCUCAGGAGUGGGAGAGGAUAUUUGAACCAGAAAGCAAAGCCAGCACAACCCACUUCAAAGCUUCCUUGGAGGGUUUCUAUGGACUCAUUCUAGAGAAACUGGUCACUGAGAAAUUUUCAGACUCCUCAUUGGCCUUCCCAAGCACCAGCAGUUUUAGCACAAUGGCACAAGACGGGUAGGACAUGGUGCCUCUCGACCUCGAGCUUCUGGCUGAGCUGGAGGAGGAAGCAACCUCUCACUAUACUGAGGAGGAUAACCAGUUUACAGAGCACUGCAAGAAGAGCCUGCCUAAGCCGCCAAUACUCCCUGCUGACAGAUUUGACCGCAACAGACAGUGCAGAGGCAACUUUAGGCAUCAAGACUACAGGAAGGAAGGAGGCUGCAGGGAUCAAGGGGAGUACAGAGGUCAUGGGAAUUAUAGGGAUCGUGGGAAUUACAGGGAUCACAGGUGGGAAUAUUCUGACCACAGGCAAGGGAGGUUUGUCAGUGACCACAGAGAUCAUGAUGACAGCAGAAGGGAUAGCGAGAAGAGGAAGUACAGGUCUGAGGAGAGUGAUGAGUAUGGAAGAAGGAAUUACCAGUCCAGCAAAUACUACAAUGGGUGGGGGGGGGGGGGUGUCAUCCUGUUGAGUUUUGUGAAUCCAGUGGCUGGUAUAUUUAUCUUUCAUCAGGGACUUCACACAAGCUUCCACGCCAUUAAUUCUUUGAGCAGUAACCAAAGAUUACUGACAUUUAAUUUACAUUUAAAUGCCUGCCUGCCUGUCUGUUCAUAUCUUUCUCUCACAACGUACUCACCAUUCACUUGUGAACAUUUAGAUUUUUAGGAAAUAUUUUUGAGCAAGUUCCUUCAUCACAAGGCAACCAUCUACUAAAAAGAAAGAAAAAUGGAAUAUAUGUUGGCAUUUCCUUGAUUGCUUUUGGUGUUAGUGACUUUCCAGAGUGACAAUACAAGUGUUAUCCCCACUACAAGUCAUGCACUAUAUAUAACAUCACUGAGUAUCUUUUCUCUCAUUUUCAUAUAAAUGUUUGUAACAUUUUCAUAUAAAUGUAUGCUAACUUUUAUGUGGACUUACUGUAAGAUUUUUUAAAAGUAAAGUAUUUAUCCAA